CGUUGUUGAAUAAUACGCAAAGACCUCAAUAAUUGACGUCUCGUUGUUAAUUGUUGUCGCAGUGGUGAUAAAGCGCUAAUAUCAAGAGAGCGUAAGAAUUUCGUAACGCAAAGGUUUUCGCAAAGUCCUUGUUGUGGCAUACUCCGAGGGCAAAAGAAGAAAAUUAACUCGUCGCGUGUGCGCGUAUAUACUGCUGCGACGUAUGUGGUACUACAUGUGCUUCCGCACAGCGGUCGUUGAAUAAAAAUACGUUUUUCACGGUAUCCCAACAUUAUACAUUAAAAUAAAGAUUAUAUUUUGCUCUGCCCCGAAAAACAACUUAUUCGUGUAUACAUAUAUAUAUAUAUGUGCACACAAAAGACACUAUUGUCGCAUCGCGAAAGCCUUCAAACGUUUUCCGUUUCGCGUAUAUACACUACCUUACGAUAAAUACAAAUAUAAAAUCGAUGCUUAUUUUUAGUAUAUUUUGUCAUUUUCGUACAUUAUAAUUAAUAUAUAUCAUAUUCUUUCGUACCUUCUCUCGUAUACCGGUGCACACGCGGGUGAAACGCUUACGUAUAUAUAUAUAUAUAUUAUGCACGUCUGAUGUCGCCUCGUGCUUAUUAGCAAAACUCGAGUUUUUUUUUUCGUCAUCGCGCGCGAUCAUCUGUCAGUUCUCGAAAAAAGAGAGCCACGAAAUCGUACGCGUGUAUAUACCGUGUAUACAGAAACAACAAUAAAAAACCAAUGCUUAAUUUUGAUCAUCGCGUCGUCGUCGACUUGAAUGGCCUUAUACAGCUGCGAUAAUACGCAAAGAAGAAACAAGUGCCACAACUUUUUUUUUUUUUCUCCAAGAUCUUCUCAUUCUCCGUUUCACUGCUGCUGCUCACAGAGAGAGACGACGAAACGAGAGUCAACGUAACAAUUAUGCCAGCUGAAAUAAUAGUGCGAACGUCGUUGCAGAUCAUCGAAUACAACUCGACAGGCUUCGCCGGAAAGGGAUGCAGCGCGGUCAGUUGAGAGACGUUCCAUCCUGGAUGGCACGUCUCUUACCGGAGCCUUUCGAAGGUUUCAACAGAGGGGACCCCUUCAAAAUGUUUAGUUCCAAAAAUACUGCAACGUCGACGUUUUACGCGGAUCUCGAGGCAACCGCAGAAAACGAGGAUUCAACUAAGACUCCAGAUUCCAAAAAUUUUUGCUCUACCGAAAGGAAAAGCAUUGCCAACGAAGAUGGUAUUUCUCAGGAUUCUGAUUCGGUCGUCAGCUCCGAAGAACAACAAACAUACGGCGGUCAUUCCUUCCAUAGAAUUGCUAGCUUUGGCGGCUUCCCUAGAUUUCAAGCUUUUGUCAUGUCCGCCUCUGGAUCUGAUCCGUGUAGCGGCUCUACUUUUGGAGAAAGCGCAACAACCUCGAUUGUACAAAUGUCGCACAGUGUUUUGGAAUACAGGAGUAGCAGAUACGCAACGACGAAGAGAACCUCAAAUCGGUAUACAUUGGAUUCGUAUGCGGUAAGCGAAUCCGAGAGCGAAGAUGAGUCCGAAGAGACACGUUCUUCGGAGACGGAUUCAGUCUCGACCCUCGAUCAGAAAGAUGAUGAGGAGACGACGGCGCCGACGACGACGACGACGACGACGACGACGACGACGACGACAACGACAACGACGACGACGAUGACGACGAUGACAUCACCGACGACGACGACGACGAUGCGCGAGUUAGUGGAAGGAAUGACGAGUGCUCCCCACGAAAGAACAUCUGCUAUAAGUCGCCAAAAGCGUGCACAACGUGUAGCCGAAGAAUUGCUUGUGACCGAAAAGAAAUACGUAUCAAUUUUACACCUGAUAGAUCAGGUGUUUCAAUUCCGCGUUGACCAAGAGAACCGCGCGCAUCCGAUGUUUCCACCCGAGACUGUUCAACACAUGUUCUCCAAUAUCAAAUCCAUAUAUAAAUUUCACAAUGAUUUUUUGCUUCCCCAACUCGAGGAACGAAUGCAGAAUUGGCACGAAAAUCCAAGAAUCGGUGAUAUAAUGAAAAAUUUUGCUCCUUUCCUCAAAAUGUAUACCGAGUAUGUGAAAAAUUUCGAUUACGCUAUGAAUCUCAUCAACACUUUGCAACACAAAGUAACAAGAUUCGCAAACAUCAUAAAUGACAUACAAAAACUUGAGGAAUGCGCUAAAUUGUCUUUGUCACAUCACAUGCUCAGUCCCAUCCAACGAUUGCCCAGAUACGAACUUUUACUCAAGGAUUAUCUUCGAUACCUUGACAACGAUAAUCCUGAUUACGAGAACACGAGAAAAGCUCUGGAGCUCGUAUCAACGGCGGCUAAUCAUACGAACGAGGCGAUGAAAAAAAUUGACAAGUUCAAAAAAUUACUAGAGAUACAAGAAAGUAUUUACGACGCUACCGAUCUGGUUAGCGCGACUCGGGAGUUGAUUAAAGAAGGGAGAAUAGUCAAGAUAUCAGCGCGGAGCGGUGAUCAUCGAGAAAGAUACUUGUUUCUGUUUAGCGAUAUGUUACUGCUGUGUUCCAUAAGACUGAUACCGGGACCGUUGUAUCGGUUACGAGCCAAAUUUUUCAUUGAAAAUAUCGAGGUCGCCGAGGGUGAUAAUCUCGAAACCGCGAAUACGUUUUACGUGAGAGACGCGAAUAAAAGCGUUGAAUUGUAUACCGAGUCGAGUGCCGAAAAAGCGGCUUGGCUCGAUGCUUUAUUCCAAACGAUGCAGGAGAUAAUGAGGAGAAAGGCAAGUCUCAAGACUGGCAAUAAUGAAACUGCUCUGGUGAAAACGGACGAUGUCACGAGGUGUAUGGUGUGCGAGGCAAUAUUUUCCGUUAUGAAGAGAAAGCAUAAUUGUCGAGCUUGCGGAAUAGUCGUUUGUAGUAAAUGUUCCAAUCAAAAGUUACUCUUUGAGGACAAUAAAAACAUGAGAGUGUGCAGGUUAUGUCACGCCGCGUUGACUCAGCCGUUAACGAAAUCGCCAACUUCUCCCUCCGGCCCUGUUCCAACAUUGCUACGAGUCUCUGCUAAUGAUCCUUGUGUAUUGUCCGGUUAUUUAUAUCUUAAAACUCAAGCCAGUAAGCCAUGGACGAGAAGAUGGUUCGCUCUUCAUUCCGACUUUGUUCUUUACACAUUCAAAUCGGUUAACGAUCGACUGGCGCUGACGGCAACGCCUAUGCCAGGUUUUACGCUUACCGAGGCUACUAACUUACCGGACGACGAUCCCCUUAAUCCACGGGAUCGCAAAGGAACUUUUAAAAUUCAUCACUCGAGAAAAUUUUAUUACCUCCAGGCUCAUUCUCAAGAAGAAACUGAUACAUGGAUGCAUACGCUUGAACUUGCAACGAAAGCAGAGUUACCUCAUCUCGAAACGAAAAAAAUUCAAACGGUCGAUGAGCAAAAAGAGCAGGAUAGAUGCGAGGAGAGCCAAGAGGAAAAUAACGCACAACAAAAUUCAUAGCUCAUUUGAACUCAACGAGAGUUUAACGCAACAGAAAAACGACAUUUUUUUUUUAUGUUGUGCAAAAACGAAAAACAAAAAAGGAAUUAAAAGAAGAAACAUAAUCGUAGCAGUAAGUAGGCACUAUUGAUACAUAUAAAAUUAAGCGCCGUUAUAUUAUGUUAUUCGACGAUGAAAACGUUGUAGGAUAAUCGAGUCAAUUGACUAACGCAACCGAAGCGCUUGUUGUUUUGUAAUAUUGUGUUAUCAUAGUAUAUUCCGGACAAACAAAAAAUGUAUAUAUAUAUAUAUUAGUUGUGUGAAAAAAAUGGAUCAACAAACGUAUCCAUGAAAUUUGCACAGAAAUGUUAAAGUUGAAAUUUACGUGUUUUUGGGAGAAUUUUUAUUUAAAUCGACGCUUUAAAAAGGCAGGGGCUCCCUUUGAUAUUUAUAUACGUGGUAGCAACAGUAAUUACUCGGUUAACGAGCGCGAGCCAGUAAAAUUUUGUCGACUAAAUAUCGAUCCUCGUGCAAGCAAUAAAUGAAAAUACAGAGGAAAUACGUUUUUCGCGAGUGUUUUGCACGCAAAUUAA